AUGACUUCCACUUCUGUAACCCGGUCCCCGCUAGACCCAGGCCUGGCCGAGGUUCACAACUCCCUUUCGGCAGAUUCCCAAAUCAGCACUCCAGAACAGAUCGAAGCCCGCCGGAAAGACCUCGCUUUUAGAUUAGAAGAUGUCAUCCGCGGAAAAGAAGACACAGCGCCCGGGUUCCUCCACGUCCACCCGGGCGGCUUCGUCGGCGGAAACCGCUUCAUAGGCGUCGGGGGUAUCCUCAGCUGGGUCGAGGUGUUCGGCGCCGUCAUCGUCUCAGCGGAGUACCGUCUCGCGCCCGAGCACCCCCAGCCUGCACAGCUCGAAGAUAGCUACGCUGCGCUGCUAUGGUUUACCAGCCAUGCCGAGGAGCUGAGCGUGGAUCUGAAUCACAUCUUUGUCAUCGGGGCUUCUGCCGGAGGCAAUCUGGCUGCUGGCGUAACCCUCUUAGCGCGCGACCGCGCUGGCCCCAAAAUCCGCGGCCAGUUGCUCGCCUACCCGGUUCUGGAAGAAAACUAUUCAGUCAGCUCGUUUGAGCAGUAUGGGAAUAUGGCGCCGUGGACGGCGGCGAAUAGCUAUGAUGCCUUUGAGUAUGCGCUUGGGAAGCAUCGCGAGCAUGCGAAUGGGUAUACGCUGCCACUGCGCAUGAAAGAUCUGACGGGGCUGCCGCCUACUUUUAUUGAUGUUGGCGAGGCGGAUGUGGUCCGGGAUGAGGAUGUGAAGUAUGCGUCUGAGCUGUGGAAGGCGGGUGUUUCGACAGAGCUGCAUGUAUGGCCGGGUGCAUGGCAUGGUUUCGAUGUUUAUAUGCCUGCUGCGCCUAUCAGUCAGAAGGCGGUUAAAAUACGUGGCGAGUGGGUGCGCCGCUUGUUGAAGGGUCAGUGA